AUGUCUUGCGGAACCGUUUUUGAGCUCAAUACUGGCGCCAAGAUUCCUGCCGUGGGUCUUGGUACAUAUCGUUCCAAGCCUGAAGAAGUCUAUGACGCCGUCCUCAAGGCUAUCAAGACCGGAUACCGACAUAUUGACGCUGCCUACAUCUAUGGCAAUGAAAAGGAAGUGGGUAAAGCUAUCCGCGACAGCGGUGUGCCACGUGAAGAACUGUUUGUGACCACCAAAUUGUGGAAUACAUUCCAUCGUCCUGAAGAUGUGCAAGCCGGUCUUCAAGCUUCCUUGGAUAAUUUGCAAAUUGACUAUCUCGACUUGUGGUUGAUGCACUGGCCCAUCGCCUUUGUUCCCGGCGACAGCUCGAUUAAACCCGACCAAGUUCAAUUGGAUGAUACGGAUUUUGUCGAUACCUACAAGGCUAUGGAAAAGUUGGUGGGACCCAAAGUGCGAGCCAUUGGUGUCAGCAACUUUAGCGUGCCCAAACUUGAAAAACUUCUUGCAGAAACAACGGUGGUGCCUGCAGCGAAUCAGGUGGAAUUGCAUCCUUAUCUUCCCCAGCGAAAAUUGCUGGAUUUUUGUCGCGAAAAGGGCAUUCACGUCACGGCAUACUGUCCCCUUGGCAGCGUCGAUUCUCCUCUUAUGAAGGACCAGAAACUUCUUGACCUGGCCAAGAAGUAUAACGCGUCACCCGCUCAAAUGCUCAUUUCAUGGGGUGUGAAGCGAGGCACGUCCGUGAUUCCAAAGUCCGUCACGCCUUCGCGUAUUGAAAAGAACUUCCAUGUUGUCCCGCUUAGAGACGAGGAUUUCAACACCUUGGACAGCCUCGUUAGCGAUGAGAAUCCUCGACGCAUCGUCGAUCCCAUCAACUUUUGGGGAGUCAGCAUCUUUUAAAACAUAUGAGAUAAUUACAAUAAAUCAGAAAUAUUUGAGAUCGUCUACUGUGCAAAAAGAUUGACGUUCCGUCCACCGGAAGGUUGUUUGACUCAUGAAAUAGACGCGUUCGGAGAAACAAGGAUUAAUUAAAUAACGG